AUGAAUGCCAUCGACGCCUCGGAGCACCACCAACGUGUGGACGAGAGUGUACCGCCCUCUCUCCUUGCAAUCGUCCUAGAUACCAAUCCCCACGCUUGGGCGCAUCUCUCCUCCACGCUCCCGCUCGCGACAGCUCUUGCCAAUCUCCUUGUCUUCAUAAACGCGCAUCUUGCCUCUGGGAAUGGGAAUAGCGUUGCUGUAAUAGCUUCCCAUUCCAAUAAAUCAUGCUUUCUGUACCCUACGCCCGCGCCUGCCUCCCCGCAACCCCGCCACAACGCUACAAAUGGCGAUGUCGACAUGAACGGUACCGCAGACAGCACCUCGUACUCGGUCCAAGAUAAUCCGAACAAAUACCGCCCUUUCGCGAAUGUAGAGACAGGGAUCCUGAACAAUUUUGCGAAGCUCAUGGAGGGCACCAAAGAAAGUCACUUGACAGCAACUCCCACCACCUUAAUCGGCGGCGCAUUGUCGCUCGCGCUAUCAUACAUUGCGAAAGCCACCUUGUUAAACCUGCCUGCUACUUCGAGUACAGAAGAAGCCAUGCUCGCGAUCGCCGACCCUGAAGCAACCCACAGCUCGUAUGUGUCGCUUGCAAGCCGCAUUCUUAUCGUGUCUGUGUCGGGCGAUCUUGCGAACCAGUACAUUCCUGUAAUGAAUAGUAUAUUCGCGGCACAGAGGAAAAGGAUACCAAUCGAUAUAUUGAAGUUGGCAGGAGACACAGUGCUGUUGCAGCAGGCCAGUGAUGCGACAGGCGGCGUGUACAUGAAGCCUGAGCGACCUGAGGGCCUGCUACAAUAUCUUAUGAUGGCAUUUCUACCCGAUCCCACUGCAAGGAGAAGUCUAGUUAUGCCGAGUGCGGGAGGUGUUGAUUUCAGGGCAGCGUGCUUCUGUCAUCGCAAGGUCGUUGAUAUUGGCUUCGUCUGCAGUAUUUGCUUAAGCAUCUUUUGCACCUCGGAUCUCCCCGACAAUCUCUGCCUGACCUGCGGCUCUUACCUGUCGCUCCGGGCCGCGCAGUCAAACCCACCAGCUUUGAUACCCAAGAAAAAGAAAAAGAAGAAGAGAGUAGGAGGUACGGACUCAGCGACACCAGGGGGUAGCACACCUGCAGGAUCGAAUACACCAAUGCAUUCGUAA